AUGCCGAAGUAUGUGAAGUUCUUGAAGGACAUCCUUUCGAAUAAGCAGAAGCUUGAGGAUAUGUCCUGUGUGGUGAUGAACGAAAGCUGCUCUGCCAUUCUUCAAAAUCGUCUACCCACGAAAAUAGGAGAUCCUGGCAGUUUCACGCUUCCUUGUUUGAUUGGAAAUAUGUCUGUUAGCCAUGCAUUGGUUGAUUUGGGAGCGAGUAUAAACCUUAUGCCCUAUAAGGUUUUUACAAAGUUGGAUCUAGGCGAGCCGUCGCCUACACGCAUGAGCAUUCGUCUUGCCGAUCGUUCUAUCAAGUAUCCACGUGGGUUUGUAGAGAAUAUAAUUGUUAAGAUUGACAAGUUUUUGUUUCCCGUGGAUUUUGUUAUCCUGGAUAUGGAUGAGGACUCUAGGGUGCCUUUGAUUCUCGGAAGUCCAUUAUUGAAUAUCGCCCGGACCAUUGUAGAUGUAGCUGCGGGCCAGAUUACACUCCGAGUGAAUGAUGAGCAUGUGACCUUUGACAUCAAGCGGUCAAUGCAGCACCCACAGAGUCAGGAUGAUGCGCUUUACUAUGUUGACAUUGUCGACACGUAUGUGAGCACACAUUUCAAGGGCACGAUUGAGGAGAUUGAUUCGGCACAGAUUGAUCGUGAGGAUGCAGAAAAGUCGAAGCCUUUGGUUGAAGAUCCACCAUCUUUGGAGCUUAAGGAGCUUCCGCCCCAUUUGGAGUACGCAUUUCUAGACGAGGAGCGCCGUCUGCCGGUUAUUAUCUCAUCAUCUUUGACGGACGAGGAAAAAGCAAGCUGCUUAGUGUUUUACGACUUCAUAAAAAAGCAACCGCGUGGAAAAUCAUGGACAUCAAAGGAAUCAAUCCUUCCUUCUGUACUCAUAAAAUUCUUAUGGAGGAUCAAUACAAGCCGUGUGCACAGCCACAAAGACGAUUGA